ACCGGCACGGCAUCCAUCCAACAGACGAGAAACUGGCCGCGAUAGCCAAGGCACCGGCGCCAGCCGAUAAGCAUCAGCUUCAGUCACUGCUUGGUGUUAUCAAUUAUUACGGAAAGUUUGUUCCCAACUUAUUCACUGUUCUCUCUCCCUUAAACAUACUUCUACAAAAAGACGUAGCCUGGAACUGGAAUGAAGAUUGCAAUCACGCCUUUCAGCACAUCAAGCAGCUGCUUUCGUCUGCUCCCAACUUGGCGCACUAUGAUCCAGGCCUACCCCUACAAUUAUCUUGUGAUGCGUCGGCUUACGGAAUUCGGAUUUUCCGAAACUUUGGUGUCGGACAACGGCACUCAGUUUACUUCUGCAGAUUUCCAGGAGUACCUGCAGCGAGUAGGAGCCCGGCACAUGCGAACGGCUCCGUACCAUCCCAGCAGCAACGGUCUGGCAGAACGUUUCAUUCAGAGGCUCAAGGCCGCACUUCGGAAGUCCAGCCGCUCCACGUCGCCGUCGGAUCUCGCAGACUUUCUCCUGGCGUACCGCAACACUCCGCAAGCAACUACAGCAGAGGCACCCUCUGUUUUGCUGUUGGGGAGGUGCCUCAGAACAAGGCUGGAUCUCGUGAGGCCUUCUGUGGAAGACACAGUCGCCCACAAACAGUUCCGGGAAGCCAGUCGUCAUAGACGUCGCGAGAGCACGUUCUGCGAAGGUGACCUCGUGCGUGUUCGGAACUUUCGCCGUGGACCAAGGUGGUUCAGUGCUACCGUACUUGCUCGCACCGGCCCAGUGUCCUAUCGUGUGAGUGUCGUGACUCCUCGUGGUGUGUCCGAGUCGGUGCGUCACCGGAAUCAUAUAGUGCGUGCUCCGGACAGACGACUUGGUGAUUACCGACUGAGUCUUUCGCGCCGAGGCCCCCGUGACAGUGAGCACAAGCCCUACCAGCACGACCAAACUGGUACAGCAGCCAUUGGCUGCUAAUCAGGCCGCCAAGCAAUGUCGCCGGUAUCCGCAGCGUCAACGCCGAGCUCCCGACCGCUGCGGCACUUAGACCCCGGGACUCUAACCAAGUGGGGGGGAGGAUGAUAUGUCAUGCGCCUGCGCGAUAAGGCUUGGCCGCGUGUCUUGCGCCGUGCCACGGAUUGUGUUAUCGCACUUACUGUGCUUAAAUAGCGCCGGCAUUGUAGCUGGCACGG